AUGGUAGCCGCAUCAGCCAAUCUCGCGGCGAACCUGACAUCAUCGUCGUCGUCGCUAAUUGCGAAUCGGCCAUUCUCUUUCUCCAUGCUAAGCGGAAUCAGAAACUCUUUCAUAUUACCCCUGAGGACACGUGUAAAGCCCACACCUCUCCGACUCGCGUCGUGGCCACCACACGGCUCUUCGGUUAGGGCCACGUCAUCGUCUUCUUCUCCGUCGUCGCUGGAGGAGACCGUUAAAACGACGGUGGCAGAUAACCCUGUCGUUGUCUACUCCAAAAGCUGGUGCUCGUACUCCUCGGAAGUGAAGACGUUGUUCAAGAGGCUUCAAGUGAAUCCACUUGUCGUUGAAUUGGAUGAACUUGGUACACAAGGGUCGCAGCUGCAAAAUGUGCUGGAGAGACUUACCGGACAAUACACUGUUCCCAAUGUUUUCAUCGGAGGCAAGCACAUUGGUGGCUGCUCAGAUACAUUGCAGCUGUACAAUAAAGGAGAGCUAGAGACAAUGUUAGCUGCAGCCAAAGGCAAAACCGGUCAGCCUUGA